CUCAGGAAGAGCUAAAAGCUGCCUACCGCCGGCUGUGCAUGCUGUACCAUCCAGACAAGCACAGAGACCCAGAGCUCAAAACGCAAGCUGAGCGGCUGUUCAACCUUGUUCACCAAGCUUAUGAAGUGCUCAGUGAUCCACAGACCAGAGCCAUCUAUGACAUAUAUGGGAGGAGAGGACUGGAAAUGGAAGGAUGGGAGGUUGUGGAAAGGAAGAGAACUCCAGCUGAAAUCAGGGAAGAAUUUGAGCGUUUGCAGAGAGAGAGGGAAGAGAGACGACUGCAGCAGCGAACUAAUCCAAAGGGAACAAUUAGUGUUGGAAUAGAUGCCACUGACCUCUUUGAUCGUUACGAUGAAGAAUACGAAGAUGUGCCCGGGAGCAGCUUCCCCCAGAUUGAGAUAAACAAGAUGCACAUCUCCCAGUCCAUUGAGGCACCACUGACUGCCACAGACACAGCAAUACUAUCUGGUAACCUUUCCACGCAGAACGGCAAUGGAGGUGGAUCGAUUAAUCUUGCUCUGAGACGAGUGACGUCUGCCAAGGGAUGGGGAGAGUUGGAGUUUGGAGCAGGAGACCUUCAGGGACCUCUCUUCGGUCUGAAGAUAUUCCGUAAUCUUACACCAAGAUGUUUCAUCACUACAAACUGUGCCCUGCAGUUUUCAUCCCGUGGGAUCCGCCCAGGCCUCACCACAGUGCUAGCCCGCAACCUCGACAAGAACACAAUGGGGUACUUGCAGUGGCGGUGGGGCAUCCAGUCAGCCAUGAACACUAGUAUUGUCCGGGAUACAAAAACCAGCCAUUUCACCGUGGCGUUACAGCUGGGAAUCCCCCAUUCUUUCAUGAUGGUCAGCUAUCAGCAUAAGUUUCAGGAUGAGGAUCAAACACGAGUGAAAGGCUCUCUCAAGGCGGGUUUCUUUGGGACCAUAGUGGAGUAUGGAGCAGAGAGGAAGAUUUCCAGGCACAGCAUUUUAGGAGCCACCGUCAGUGUUGGUGUUCCCCAAGGAGUGUCUUUGAAAAUCAAGUUGAACAGGGCUAGCCAGACCUACUUCUUCCCUGUCCACCUAACAGAUCAGCUGCUUCCCAGUGCUGUGUUCUAUGCCACCGUGGGACCUCUGGUUAUCUACUUCGCCAUGCAUAGACUAAUCAUCAAACCCUACCUCAGGGCACAAAAGGAGAGAGAGCUGGAGAAGCAACGGGAGAGUACAGCCAGCGACAUCCUUCAGAAGAAGCAGGAGGCUGAAGCUGCGGUCCGGUUAAUGCAAGAGUCUGUCCGGAGGAUAAUUGAAGCGGAGGAAGCCAGAAUGGGUUUGAUUGUAGUGAAUGCCUGGUAUGGGAAGUUUGUUAACGACAACAGCAGGAAGAAUGAGAAGGUGAAAGUAAUAGAUGUGACUGUGCCACUGCAGUGCUUGGUGAAAGACUCGAAACUCAUCCUUACAGAGGCAUCCAAGGCUGGUCUGCCGGGUUUCUAUGACCCCUGCGUGGGCGAGGAGAAGAGUUUGAAAGUGCUUUAUCAGUUCCGAGGAGUUCUGCACCAAGUGAUGUCAGCUGACAAUGAGGCCCUUAGGAUACCAAAGCAAUCUCACAGAAUCGAUGCAGAUGGCUAGCCUGGCGAGAGCAUGUGCGUCCAUUACGGUACCUGGGUCAAUGGAAACUAUGGAACCUUCCCCCGGACGCCGCUGCUGCAAGUUUGAACAGAGACAUUUUUAUUUUUGCGAUCCAUAUAGCAGGUGGUGUCCUACCAGUUAUGUUAGGAGACAAAAUGAGAGAACCUGCUUCUACAGGUGGCCCCAAGGCAAUAUUUCUCUGAAUUGUGGCUCAGUAACCAAUAAAGCAACGUGACUCUGAAUGCGCAGUGCUUUCUGCCGAGGCGGUGCGAGCGGGCA